ACAAUAAAUGCACACGCUUACAAUUUGCUGCAGAAAAAUGAAAAUGGCUGAGUUUGUGUGAAAAAACUUUAACGCAUUAGAAAAAUUUCCAUAAAUAUUUUGGGAAAAACUUGUGCAAAAAUAUUAAACUAUUAAAAAAAUUGUUUUACAAGUCCGAAUGCACAUUGUGAAGUCAAAAAGUGUUGAAAUUUGAAUAUAUCACCAUAGAAAAAAUAGUUUGAAAAAGUGCAUAUUUUUCUCGCUUAGAACAAGAUUAAAUUGCAAAGAUAGAAUUUACGUAUACAGAGGCCAUAGCCAUCAACUGUCAGUGAAAAAAGUAUUACUCAAUAGAGAUUUAAUUUAUUAAUAAAAAUAUAAUUUGAACACAUUAUCAAAACUGUAAUUAAGUUUUGUAAUGAAAAAUUAAAUUUGUGAAAAACUAUCAGAGCAGAAAGGGACUCAUUUUAUAAAGCCCCAUUCGUGUAACGUAUACACAAGAAUAAAAAAACUAAAUAAACCGAAAGACAAAGGGCAUACCUAUGUAGUUUGCUAUUUAAUAUCUAUGUACAUACCAAUUGUAUUGUAUAUUACAAUAAUUUAGAAUGACCGACGAUUCUGGUGAUAGUGAUAUUGACCCACGUCCUUCGUGUAGCCAAAAUCGACGUAGUACUCGAGGAAAUACCAACCAUGGUGGUGGUAAUUGUACUGAAAGUAGGAAGGGAAAAAAACGUCGCAUCGUCAUGCGCAUCGAAUUUGAUGACAGUGGCGAAGAUAGUUCUUCGGCUUCAGAAGUGUCGGGCGAAGAUGGACAAGCAGUAAGCGGUAACAAUAAAGCUAUACCGCGAAGAACUCGUCAAAAUAGUAGAGCAAUUGGAGUAAAAAUACCUACUAAAAAUAAAGAGUCCGAUGAUUCGGAAGAUAUUCAUAGAAAUAAUUCGCAGCGUCUUCGUAACAGGCGUACAAAUAUAAUUUUGGAUGGUAGCGAUUCGGAUGGGUCUUCAAGUGGUAGUGAGAUAAACCGUUCGGUAAAAACACGUGUAACGAAAUCGUCGAAAAAAAUUAUCAUCUCCGAAGAUGAACAAAUGCAUUCGUCGAAUGAAGUGGAUAAAGACAGCAAAAAACAAACCGAGGUAGCCACCGAGGCUGGUUUCAAUUCGGACAGUAGCAGCAAUGAAUUGCUAGAGAAAUGUCCAAUUUGUCUCUUAACUUUUCGACAACAAGAAAUCGGUUCGCCGGUAACAUGUGCACACAAUUUUUGCGCCAGCUGUAUUGAGGCUUGGUCGAAGAAUGUGCAAACUUGUCCAAUCGAUCGUAUCGAAUUCGAUCGUAUUAUCGUGCGGGAUAAUUUUGAAAAUCGUAGAAUCGUGCGCGAGAUUAACGUAGAUCCCAAUAAGAUUAGUAAAGAACUGGUGUUGGAUGAUGAGGCGGAUGGCGACGAUGAAGAUGUGACUUAUUGUGAGGUCUGCAAUAGUCCAGAACGAGAAGAUGUAAUGCUGUUGUGCGAUGAGUGCAAUCAAGGUUAUCAUAUGGAUUGUCUCACACCACGCCUAACGCAAAUUCCGGAAGGUUCAUGGUAUUGCGACAACUGUUUUGAUCCCAUGACGGAUAGUGACAACGUGUCAGAGGAUUUAAAUAUGCUUUACGAAGAUAUACGCGACAUGGGCAUACCGCAAGCGGCACUACGCGUAACUGAAUUGCAGCAGCCACGCAUUUUGCGGACGCGUCAAAAUGAACGUAUACGAGCGGCAGUUCUACGCACAACACGCAGUCGCGCACGCAUCGAAACGACCACAACGACAACAACAAGCGCCGGAACUGGUCGCGGUCGUGGAAGGCCCCGAAACAGCACGACCACCACCACUACGACCACAACCACUCGCACCACAAGACCAUCGACAAUACGUCGUAAGCCUAGCAGGCGUCGUCGUCGCCGCACGCGCAAGCGUACAUAUGUUGUUGAAUAUGAUUUAAAUAAUUUUGAUGAGAAAUUUGCUAUUAAAACCACAAAGAAAAUUAUUAGAAGACGUCGCCGCAAGCGCAGAGCAUCAGCGCGCAAUUCAGGACGCACCAAUACAGGAGAACGCAUGACCGCCAGCAAACGCUUGGCAGAGCAGAUGGGCGUUAAGAAAGACCCCACAUAUACUUCCCACCUGUCUGGCACAUCAGCGGGACUAUCGUUGUUUGGAGGUGCCAAUGAUUUGGAGUACUUUUCGGAUAGCGAUAAUGGGGGCAUUGAGCAUGAGAUUCAAGUAGAGACGGGACAUGGCACCGCAUUGCAAACUUCUAUUCGCAUAUCAAACUUUGGGUCGCAACGAGCACGUAAAGGCAUUCUCUUGGGCCGCCUGCAAGGCAAUAACAGGAGUAGUGUGCUGCCAGAUUUGCCACCACAAACUGCAGCGCCUACAAGUGGCGAUCUAUUAUCGAGCAUUAUGGAUAUGCAAGAUCGUUGGCAUAAUGCGGCAAGACACAUGGAAAAUGUGCACAUUAGUGCUGAUGGUACUUUGCAACUGCCAAGUGGUGGUAUUAGCAAUAGUAACGCUAUCGAAAGCAACAGUUCCAGUGCCAAUGGUGAUUCAAAUCCGGGACAAACGUCGCGUAAUCCAGUAAGUGCCAAUGAGCAACAGUCGCAUUCACCUAUUAACCCACUUGAGGGGGUCACACAAGCGCCGAUGUAUCCACGUGGUGGCGGAAAUCAAAACUUCGGCGGUGGUGGUGGUGGUAACUACAAUAAUCGAUACAGUAACAAUCAGAACAAUUAUCGCGGUAGUGGUGGAGGCGGCCAAUAUAGACACUCAAUGGGUGGUAGUGGUGGAGGCGACGGCAACGAUGGCGGUCGUGGAAAUUUCAAUUUUAACAAUCAAAAUUUGAGCAAUAGCAACAACUCGAAUCAGAACCAAAAUUUCUCACCAUUCUCGAUGCGAUUCAAUCAACGAAAUAAUCAGCGCAACAAUAAUCAACGCAACUCUUUGCCAUUUAUGCAUCGAAAUGACGACGAUCGACAGCAACAACAAAACCAAUUACAAAACACACCCAAUGAAGGUAAUAAUCCCUUUAGAAAUAGACUCCCACCAUCGCAACAGCAGAAUAUAUCAAAUGAAAAUCCGCUUUUUGGUGAUCUACCGCCACCGGUGAGAGGCGCGCCACCACCUGUUGUUGGCCCCGCACCACUAAUGUCCGCCGGUCCGUUGGGCAUGUCCGGCCCACCACCUGUGUCUGGACUACCGUCAAUGGCUGGUCCCCCUCCCAUUAUGGGACCGUUAUCAAUGACAGGUCCGCCACCACAAGCAAUUUCUAUGAGUGGUCCGCCGCCUCCACUAGCAAUGCAUUCGCCACUGCAAACCAUGCGACCGUUGAUGUCAGUGCCACCACCGCCUGCGCCGCCACCAGGUGUACCUAUGCCUUGGGGCACACCACUAUUCCAACAACUAAAUAAUGAUUAUGGAAAUGACGACGAUGACUCCAAUUGUCCGAACUGUUCCGUAUACUCAGCCGAAUCCCAAGAAGUUGCCAAAUCAACAGAAAUGCAUUCACAAACACAGCAGGACAACGAAGCAGCUAAGGAAGACGAUGAAAAUGAAGAUUUAGUACAAUUAGAUGAUGAUGAUGAAAUACCAAUGCCACCAGAAACUAAUCCAAAUGAAUCAACUACCGUGAAAGAUUCUGACUUGUAUGAGCCAGAAAAUCCUACAGAAGAAAAUGAGGAUGAUGACAAUGACGAUGAUGGUACCAACGAAGAGCUUAAAAACACAGAAAACAGUGAAAUCAAUGAAAAUGAUGGAAUUGAAAAGGCAGAUAGGCACGACCAGAAUGUGGAAGAAAUUGCUUCUCCACGCCCUAGUCAGCCUGAUAGCACAGAUCAUGGCGACUCACAAUAUGAUCCAGAACAUGAAAUUAUAUCCAACGAGGGUUCUAAUAUGGCGGUGGAUAAUAAAAAGGAAAAUUCGGUUGAUUGUAGUAAAAGUAAUAAUGAGCCAAUUGAUAUGGAGCAGAAAGCUGGUGAAAGGCAAUGCUCUCACUCACGUACGCCUAGCCCAACACCUUCCGAGACGAAAUUACCCGAAAGUGAUGUGGGUAUUGCGAAUAAGAAAGGCGUAUUAGAAUUAUACGAUGACAGUGAUUGGGAAGAACUAGAUAUUGAUAAACCAAAGGAGUAUGAGAAAGCAGCAAAAGUGUCAGAUAAAUCAGACAUAGAAGAUGGUCCGUAUGAAGGCGAAGAAGAUAAAGUUAAAGAACGCAGUAAAAGGAAUAAGAGUAAGGGUAAAGAAAUAGAUGAUAAAAACGAAGGCGACCUUGAUCGUUCUUACACACCAUGUCUGGAUGAGAAUAAUGAUCCAGAAGAAAGUCAAGAAAAUGGACAAAUAGAUGAGGUGGGCACAAAAUCGCUAAAUAACUCCAAGGAUUCUAAUGCGCAGACCGCAGAAGGCGGUAAAACGCCCGAGGUAGUUGCUAGUGCAACUGCCAAUAUUGAAACCGAACUAAUCUCUGACGACGAGGACAAUGCACGCGGCUCGAAAAAGCGAAGAAAUAGCAAGAAGCGCGAUAAACGUGACAAAAAAGUUGAGACAUUCAAGAAAGUGAGCAAUAAACAAAAGGUACGCAAUUACCGCACCGAUAAGCAACAAGUAGGUAAAUAUAAAGAUCGACAUCACUCGUCAAGAUCACGUUCUCGUACUCGAUCUAUCUCAAGAAGUCGCUCUCGUACGCGGAGUCGCAGCCGCAUACGUAGUCAUUCACGAUCCCCACGUACUGCCGUAAGUCGAUCGCGUUCACCCCACUCAGGUAGAUCGCGUUCACGGUCACCACGAGGUCGUGGGCGUAGGCGUUCACGCUCCCGUUCAUUACGUUCACGCAGCCGAUCCAAUAACAAGGAGAACAAUUGGCGCCAAGGUAGUCGUUAUAAUAAUAGCCAAAAUAAAUUUCAAGAUCGAAAUAAACAACAGAAUCAAUAUCGUCCGAAACGUAGAGAAAUUCCCCGUUAUAAUGUACGUAACGUUGUGGGUAUUCAACGUACCUUUAGAGAAGGUAGAGAGGUCAGAGAUCGUUACGGACGCGAUACGAGUCGUCAAUUGCGUAAUGUUAGCAGAUCACCGAGUCCGCGAACUCGUAGAUUAAGUGGUAGGUCAAUCUCUAGAUCACGCUCACGUGGACGAUCAGUUUCACCACGCCGAAAUCGACGUGGUAGUUUUAGCAUAUCACCAAGCCCACAACAAAUGAUGCGUCGCCAGUCGACCUCUCCCAGACAACGUUACCGUUCACCCCGUCGAAACUCUUUCUCACCACGCAGAAUUACUCCAAUGCGUGCACAUUCACGAAGUCCACUGCGCAUGCGUUCACGAUCGCUUACGCCGCAACGCAUGGGCGGUAGAAAGGUUAUAAGGCGAGUACGUGAUGGUUCACCACUGGCUCAAUCAGCCAUCUCCCGUUCACCAUCUCCAUUACAUUCACUAUCUGCAUCACCCAGAUAUACACCACGGUUGCAUAGAAGCCACUCAAAAACACCGAGUUUACGCGCAAUUAAGGGUAAAAAGAAGAAGAUUAAAGACAAGGGUAAGAAGAAGAAAAAGAAGCGUCUGCCAAGCAUUAGUCCCGAGACCAACUUACGUAUUUCACGUCAACGUGAUGCAUUCGAAGUUGAUCGGCCGCCAAAGAAAAAACGUCAUCAUUCACCAAAGCAAAAGUCAUCAUUGGAUGAACCCACGUGGUCGCCUUCACCCAGUCCGGCGCCGUUACUCGACUACGAACGCGACAACAAUGUAUCAUGGACGCCGCCAUUGGUUUCGCCACGUCUUGUUCACGAAAUGCAUGGCAUCUAUGAGCCAGAAGAACAUCGCAGCAAUUCUCGAUCCAGUAAACGUGACAAGCGAACAAAACGUAUUAAAAAGAAGAAGAAGGGUGAGAAACGGCGUGAAGUGCGCAAAGAUAAGCGACGCACACGACGAACCCAAACACCAGAACCAGUACCAUCGAAGGAGGUUUUUGCCUCUGGCAACAAUAUUCUCGUAAGCGUAAGUUUUAAUAAAGAUGGAGUUGGAAAUCAGCCGCCAUCGCAGACUACAGUUGUUACAUUGCCGGCGACGCGAGAAGAUUUACACACCAUUCGACGAAAUUCUAUUGAUUGCCUGACGAACUCGAAUGCUGCUAGUAAAAAGAAGAAGAAGCGUAAGAAGCUCGAUGCAAAGCCUGUCGCUAUUAUCGAUCUGGAGCGGUCACCGUUCCAAGUGCAUCAGGAACCGGCUGAUGUUAUUGUGCUUACCGACAGCGAGGAGGGUGUCGGCGGACGUGAUAGUGAGCACGAGCAUGGGCACGAACAUGAACACGAUCGGCGACGCGAAAAUCAUCGCGAGCGCCGCCGUAGCCAAUCAAUUGCCGAAGAUAUGGAACAUCAUCGCUCACAAAUGAGUAACGGCAUACGCACGUCAUCGCAGUUGGACAAAACUCCGCCAUUGGAACGAGAACGGCUUGAUACCAUAUUGGAGGAAUCCUACGAUUUGCCACAGACAGGACCAAAGACACCACCUGAACCUCCAACUGUUAAAUUCAACAUAGCCUCUAAAAAGCAAACUAAAGUACGUAAUAAUCCUCUACAUGAUGAAGCGGAACUAAAUUCGGAAUCGGAAAUGGCUGAAGUACGUGAACCGGACACUCAUCGUUCGGAGCUGGAACAAAUGCAUGUACAAAGUAGUCAAAAAAUAGGUCCGAAUACACCACCUGAGUCUGGUCCUUGCUCACCAGAUGCUUACGAUCCCUUCGAUCCUACGAAAUCGCCAUCUAUGUCACCACGCUCGCCAUCUCCCGCACCUUUGAACAGCUCGCAAGCUUCAAUUGGCAUGGAUAGCAGCGUUGAAGUGGUAUCCUCGCAAAAGCACCUUGCCGACGAACGGCUAACAAACGAGCGUACGGCUUCUCAAAUUUCUGGCGCCAGCGGUGGGAUGACUGCCCAAGGUUCCACACUUAAUCCCGUUGAACUAGUAAUGAAGCUAAUGAAUACAAAACAGAAUAGCUCACAGGACCUGAACAAGUCGAAUGACUCACAAUACAACACUGCGACACACAUGCACGGCACUGGCAUGGGCAAUCCGCACGAUGACAAGAUCGAUGAGGCGAUGGGCCUUACUGUGAUAUCAAAUGUGCUGUUGUCAAACGGCAGUGCACAAGGCGGCUCACAACACAUACCAGUAAUUUCAAGUCCCACUCCAAUGAUCAAGAGUAAUCAAAUAUCAAAAUUACCACUACCCAAAGUGGGCAGCAGUGUGGGUAGUAGCAGCGGCGCUGGCAUGACAUCGUCGAAUUCGAAUGCACGGAAUGGCGGCUUGGAUGAGCCGGUAAAUCUUACUGAAAUGGAAAGUCCCUAUUCGCCCGGUUCCGCCGACUAUGAGGAUCUCUUCGAACCGCCACCAGACAGUUCGGGCGCUGUACCACGUCGCUCUAAGCGUGGUGCGAAUAAUGCGAAUGCCAUGGGAAAAGUAGACGUUUUUGAUAAUUUAUUUGGCAGCACCUCACCCGUGGGGCAUGCACGUGUGCCGAAGAAAUUCAAAGCAAUUGUCACUAGUAGCACGAAGAAAGCUAAAAUUAAAGUCACUAAAACGGACGAUCACGUUAAGGUCUAUGACGAUGUACCAAACUCAGCCGUUGAAUUACAAGUCAAAGAUAAGUUUUUGCGUAAGUUGAAUCGACAGGAGCGUGUCGUUGAAGAAGUUAAAUUGGUAUUGAAGCCACGUUUCAACAAGAAACAGAUCACAAAAGAUGACUACAAGGAGAUUAUGCGGCGUGCUGUGCCAAAGAUUUGUCACAGUCGUUCGGGCGAAAUUAAUCCUCAUAAGAUCAAGAAUCUAAUUGACGCCUAUGUGAGGAAAUUCCGUGCAAAGCAUAAGAAGUUGAAUCUACUCAAUACCGGUCAGGUCAGCAGUGCGGUGAAGUGUGCUGCCUAUUUGAAGAAGCUGUAAA